UUUUUUUUUUUUAAGCUUUUUUUUUUUUUUUUAAUUUUUAAUUUUUAAAUUUUUCACCCCUCCCCUCCUUCUCCCUGCCGGAGGAAGGCACCGCGCUGCCCAGCCGCCGAGAGGGGCCCCGCGCCCCGCCGAGCCCCGGGGACCCCGCGGAUGUGCGAAGCUCUCCUCCGGCCGCCCUUCCUCCUGCCUCUGGGCGCACCGCCUCUUUAUCCUCCUGCGCCUUUAUUUUUAUUUUUUAAGCAGACCUGAGCAGCAUCACCAGGGGCGGGGAGGGUGGGGGGCUCAGCGACGCUGCCAGACCGUCCCUCGCCCAUUUCUUCGAAGGAACUCUCAUGGCUUCACAGCUGCAGACAAGUUGCCGUGCAUCUUGGUGGACUAUCGGAGUUUGCAUCCUGGCGGCCGCGCUCUUUCCAGGGCUGCAAGCUCAGACUGUCUUAGUCAAUGACACAGUCUCGGGGUUUAUCGGGACAGACGUGGUCCUGCACUGCAGCUUCACCAACCCGCUCCCCAAUGUGAAGAUCACGCAGGUCACGUGGCAGAAAGUCACCAACGGCACCAAGCAGAAUGUGGCCAUCUACAACCCCGCCAUGGGGGUCUCCAUCCUCUCCCCCUACAAAGAGCGGGUGACUUUCCGGAACCCUUCCUUCAAAGAUGGCACCAUUCAGCUCUCUCGGCUGGAGCUGGAGGAUGAGGGAGUUUACAUCUGCGAGUUUGCCACCUUCCCGACCGGCAACCGGGAAAGUCAACUGAACCUCACAGUGCUGGCCAAGCCCACGAAUCGGAUGGAGGGCACCACGCGGCCGCUGAUCGCCAAGUCUGGCAGGACAGAAAAGAUCUUGGUAGCCACUUGCAUCUCCUCGAAUGGGAAACCCCCCAGCACUGUCACCUGGGACACCAAGCUCAAAGGAGAAGCAGAGUUUCAGGAGAUCCGGAAUAACAACGGCACCUUCACGGUGAUCAGCCGGUACCGGCUGGUGCCGAGCCGCAAAGCUCACCGGCAGCAGCUCAUGUGCGUGGUCAACUACCAGCUGGACCGCUUCACGGACAGCAUCACCCUCAACGUGCAGUAUGAGCCCGAAGUCACCAUCGAGGGCUUCGAUGGCAACUGGUUCCUCAAUCGGAAAGAUGUCAAGCUGAUAUGCAAGUCCGAUGCCAACCCCCCAGCUCACACCUACGAAUGGAAGCUGCCAAACGGGACACUGCCAGGGAGCGUGGAAAUCCAGAACAACACCAUCUAUUUCAAGGGGCCCGUCUCCUACAGCGUGGCCGGCACCUACAUCUGCGAGGCCUCCAACGCCAUCGGCACGCGGUCGGGCUUGGUGGAAGUCAAUGUCACAGAAUUUCCCUACACCCCGUCUCCAAUCGAUGAUCGCAAAUCCAUGGUGCAGCCGAACAUCCCCACCCCCGUGAUCGGGGGCAUAGUGGGAGGAGUCUCGCUGGUCCUGGUGGUGGCCGUGGUGCUCUUUGUGGUGCUCCGCCGCCGGCGUCACACCUUCAAGGGUGACUACAGCACAAAGAAGCACGUGUACGGCAACGGCUACAGCAAGGCCGGCAUCCCGCAGCACCACCCACCCAUGGCCCAGAACCUGCAGUACCCCGACGACUCGGACGACGAGAAGAAGCCGGGCCCGUUGGGCGGCAGCACCUACGAGGAUGAGGAUGAGGAUGCGGGAGGCGAGCGCAAGCUGGGCGGCCCCAACAAAUACGAGGAGGAUGCCAAGCGGCCGUACUUCACGGUAGACGAAGGGGAAGCGCACCCCGAACCUUACGACGAAAGGACACUCGGCUUCCAGUACGACCCCGAGCAGCUCGACAUAGCGGAGAACAUGGUCUCGCAGAACGACGGAUCUUUUAUUUCCAAAAAGGAGUGGUACGUGUAGCUCGGCUCGCCCCGGCUCCGGCCAUGCACACACACAGACACACACACACACACACACACACGUGCGCACGCGCGCAUCCCCGAGCGGAGCCGUGCACGGACCGGGGGCUCGGGGCGGGGGCAGCUUUGCUUUACGGAUCAUUUGUUGGGGGGACGGGGAGGUGGGAGGUCGGGUAAUUAUUUUCUCGGUUUUGGUUUCGCUUUUUUUAAUUCCCCCGACGACUUUUCGUCCCCUUCUGUGGUGUUUGUGUUGGUCGGUGGCUUAGGUGUUACUAUUUGCUUUAACGACUGUUGCCCAGCCUGUAUAUUACACUCUGUUUGUGUCUCCAUGUCUCAGAGUGCCCUCCCCCAGGCUCCUCCUCCCGCUCCCACCCCCCCCCCCUGAAACACUGGAAUUUGUUUGUA